AUAUGUUUUGUUGGGAAUAUUAAUAUUUCUUAAACAAUAUAUAAAUAUUAAAAAAACGCGACAGAAAAUGGCCCUUAAUGGGUUUUUGGACUUUUUUCAAAAGGGAAAGACUUUUAGGCCCAAAAAGAGGUUUACCGCUGGUACUAUUCGAUAUUCGCUUCACAAACAGGCCCAGGCUAGUUUGCAAUCUGGUAUCAAUUUACGGCAAGUUGUGCGAUUGCCGGAAGGCGAGAAUAUGAAUGACUGGUUAGCAGUGCACGUUGUUGACUUUUUCAAUCGCAUCAAUCUCAUAUAUGGCACCGUAUCUGAAUACUGCAAUGAAACAACUUGUCCAACAAUGUCUGGAGGCUCCCGAUAUGAGUAUUUAUGGGCAGAUGGAGAUAUGUACAAGAAACCCACUGCGCUUCCUGCACAGAAAUAUAUUGAGCUUCUCAUGGACUGGAUUGAAACACAAAUUAACAAUGAAGCAGUAUUUCCCGUUUCCACUGAUGUUCCUUUCCCCAAAACGUUUGUGUCACUCUGCCGAAAAAUUUUAACAAGAUUAUUUCGGGUCUUUGUACAUGUCUAUAUUCAUCAUUUUGAUAGAAUUGUAACUAUUGGUGCGGAAGCGCACGUAAAUGCUUGUUAUAAGCAUUUUUAUUAUUUUGUGCAAGAAUUUGAACUGAUAUCUGCCAAGGAAUUAGAGCCACUUCACGAAAUGACUUCGAGAAUUUGUAAAGACAAAGAAUAAUCAUUUUUCAAGCAUAAAGAUAAUUCUAGAUUUUAUAACUUUUAAAAUCCAAGUCAUAAUUUUAUGUUGAUUUUCAUAUACUUUAAUUUGAUAUAUGAUUGUAAGUUAGCUAUAAGUCUGUGAUGUCCAAAAUCUCACCAUUAAACCGAUUCACAG